AGUCCCAACUCUGUUUUUCUUAACUUUUCAAGCAAUCAAGCGAGACAAGUGAUGGCGUCAGACAAACUAAAGACGGAGAGAGCCGAAGUUGCGGCGAGGCUAGCGGCUGAGGACUUGCAUGAUAUCAACAAAGAUAGUGGUGGUGAUGUCACGAUGUACAAGGUGACGGAGAGAACAACCGAACAUCCACCAGAGCAAGAGAGACCUGGGGUGAUAGGAUCGGUGUUCAGGGCUGUGCAAGGAACCUAUGAGCACGCGAGAGACGCUGUAGUCGGAAAAAGCCAUGAUGCGGCUGAGUCUACUAAAGAAGGAGCUCAGAUAGUCUCAGAGAAGGCGGUUGGAGCGAAGGACGCAACCGUCGAGAAGGCAAAGGAUACUGCAGAUUAUACUGCCGAGAAGGCUAAGGAGACUGCGAAUUACACCGCUGAUAAGGCCGUAGAAGCAAAGAAUAAGACGGCGGAUAAGAUAGGUGAAUAUAAGGACUAUACGGUGGAUAAGGCGGUAGAAGCUAAGGAUAAAACAGCGGAGAAAGCAAAAGAGACAGCUAAUUAUACAGCGGAGAAGGCUAAAGAGGCCAAGGACAAGACGGCGGGAAAGAUAGGUGAGUAUAAGGAUUACACAGUGGACAAGGCCGUGGAAGCAAAGGAUUACACUGCAGAGAAGGCUAUUGAAGCAAAGGAUAAGACGGCAGAGAAGACCGGAGAGUAUAAGGACUACACGGUGGAGAAGGCGACGGAAGGGAAAGAUGUUGGAGUGAGUAAGCUUUCAGAGUUGAAGGAUAGUGCGGUUGAUACGGCGAAGAGAGCUAUGGGUUUCUUGUCCGGGAAGACAGAGGAGGCCAAAGAAACAGCUGUGGAGACAAAAGACAUUGCCAAGGAAAACAUGGAGAAAGCAGGGGAAGCAACGAGACAAAAGAUGGAGGACAUGAGAUUGAAAGGUAAAGAACUCAAAGACGAAACUGGAUCAAAAGCCCACGAGGUGUCUCAAAAGGCUAAGGAGAAUACUGAGUCGGCUGCUGAAAAAGCCCAAGAGACCAAAGAUUCUGCUGCUGCAAGGGGAAAUGAAGCGAAGGGAACAAUAUUUGGUGCAUUAGGGAAUGUGACAGAAGCCAUUAAGAGCAAACUGACAAUGCCGUCGGAUAUAGUGGAGGAAACACGAGCGGCCCGUGAGCAUGGAGGAACGGGUAGGACGGUGGUUGAAGUCAAGGUCGAAGAUACAAAGCCGGCGGGUAAGGUAGCAACUUCACUGAAGGCUUCCGAUCAAAUGACUGGUCAAACAUUCAACGACGUUGGACGGAUGGAUGACGAGGCUCGGAAAGAUAAGGGAAGGCUGUGAAAUAUAUAUAUAUAUAUAUAUAUAUAUAUAUAUAUAUAUAUAGGCCUUUUGUGUUGGAUGGAUCUGUCUUGUUGUAGGCAGAUUAACAUAUUCUGAUAAUUUCUCUGUUUGUAUUCUUACUUUCUGAAAGUUUAAACCUUUCUAUUCUGUGUAUUCUUACUUUCUGAAAGUUUAAACCUUCCUAUUCUGUGGAACUUAAAAAAUGCUAGUUGUAAUGUCUUUCUUAAUCAUGGGUACCAUAUAGUACCUAGUUUUGGUAACCAA